UCGGGCCCAAGUCCGCGCUGGCCGGCGCCCGCUCCGGCUGCUCCACUGCUGUUGUCACCAUCCGGCGCGUCCCGCUGCUCCCGAUCAACUUCGCGACCCACCAGAAGGCCUGAAGCGCCGCGUGAGGCCCUCUCGCCGGAAGGCAAGAUGGACUCCAGCACCCCUCCUCUGAGCCCCUCCAUCCCACAGCCUCCACCAGCACCACAGCCUCAAGCCCGCGCUCGGCUCAAUGCCACUGCCUCAGUGGAAGAAGAGAGGAGCGAGGCGCCCCGAGCUCCCAGGCCACAAGGUGGCCCUGGCCCAAGCGUCAGAGAAGCAGCUGCCCUAGCUGAGCCUCGGGCCCCUCGUGCCAGGAGCCAAGAAGAAAUGGGUGGAGCUGGACCUAUGAGGAGAGAUAUGGAAAUCCCAUUUGAGGAAGUCCUGGAGAAGGCCAAGGCUGGGGACCCUAAGGCACAGACAGAGGUGGGAAAACACUACCUGCGACUGGCCAGUGAUGGGGACGAAGAGCUUAACAACUGCACAGCCGUGGACUGGCUGAUCCUGGCCGCCAAACAGGGCCGGAGGGAGGCAGUGAAGCUGCUGCGCCGGUGCCUGGCCGACAGGAAAGGCAUCACUUCCGAAAACGAGCCAGAGGUGAAGCAGCUUUCCUCCGAGACUGACCUGGAGAGGGCUGUGCGCAAAGCUGCGCUGGUCAUGUAUUGGAAGCUCAACCCCAAGAAGAAGAAGCAGGUGGCUGUGUCGGAGCUACUGGAGAAUGUGGGCCAGGUCAACGAGCAUGAUGGAGGAGCGCAGCCAGGCCCUGUCCCCAGGUCCUUGCAGAAGCAGAGGCGAAUGCUCGAGCGCUUGGUCAGCAGUGAGUCCAAGAACUACAUCGCCUUGGACGACUUCGUGGAGAUCACCAAGAAGUACGCCAAGGGCAUCAUCCCCAGCAACCUCUUCCUCCAGGAUGAUGACGACGACGAGCUGGCUGGGAAGAGCCCCGAGGAUCUGCCACUGCGCCAGAAGGUGAUGAAGUACCCYUUACAUGCCAUCAUGGAGGUCAAAGAGUACCUGAUCGACGUGGCCUCCAAGGCAGGCAUGCACUGGCUGUCCACCAUUGUGCCCACCCACCACAUCAAUGCCCUCAUCUUCUUCUUCAUCAUCAGCAACCUGACCAUCGACUUCUUUGCCUUCUUCAUCCCCCUGGUCAUCUUCUACCUGUCCUUUGUGUCCAUGGUCAUUUGCACCCUCAAGGUAUUCCAGGACAGCAAGGCCUGGGACAAUUUCCGCACCCUCACUGACCUGCUGCUACGCUUCGAGCCCAACCUGGACGUGGAGCAGGCCGAGAUCAACUUCGGCUGGAACCACCUGGAGCCCUACGCCCACUUCCUGCUCUCUGUUGUUUUUGUCAUCUUCUCCUUCCCACUGGCCAGCAAGGACUGUAUCCCCUGCUCGGAGCUGGCCGUCAUUGCCGCCUUCUUCACAGUGACCAGCUACAUGAGCUUGAGCAGCUCCGCCAAGCCCUACACCAGGAGGGCCCUGGUCACUGAGGUGGCUGCUGGGCUGCUCUCCCUUCUGCCCACCAUGCCCGUGGAUGGGCGCUACCUUAAGGUACUGGGGCAGACCUUCUUGACUGUGCCUAUCGGCCACUUUGUUGUCCUGAACGUCAGCCUACCCUGCCUGCUCUAUGUCUACCUCUUCUACCUCUUCUUCCGCAUGGCCCAGCUGAGGAACUUCAAGGGCACCUACUGCUACUUGGUGCCCUACUUGGUCUGCUUCAUGUGGUGUGAGCUCUCUGUGGCCAUCCUGCUGGAGUCCACUGGCCUGGGCCUGGUCCGCGCCUCCAUUGGUUACUUCCUCUUUCUCUUUGCUCUCCCCAUCCUGGUGGCCGGCCUGGCCCUCAUGGGCGUGGUGCAGUUUGCCCGGUGGUUUGUGUCCCUGGAGCUCACCAAGAUCCUGGUCACCAUGGCAAUCUGCAGCGUGCCCCUGCUGUUCCGCUGGUGGACCAAGGCCAGCUUCUCUGUGGUGGAGAUGGUCAAGUCCCUGACGCGGAGCUCCAUAGUCAAGCUCAUCCUGGUGUGGCUCACGGCCAUCGUGCUCUUCUGCUGGUUCUACGUGUACCGCUCGGAGGGCAUGAAGGUCUACAACUCCACGCUGACCUGGCAGCAGUACGGCUUCCUGUGUGGGCCCCGGGCCUGGAAGGAGACCAACAUGGCACGCACCCAGAUCCUGUGCAGCCACCUGGAGGGCCACAGGGUCACGUGGACAGGCCGCUUCAAGUACGUCCGAGUGACGGAGAUCGAUAACAGUGCCGAGUCGGCCAUCAACAUGUUCCCACACUUCAUUGGCGACUGGAUGCGCUGCCUCUACGGCGAGGCCUACCCGUCCUGCAGCCCCGGCAACACCUCCACUGCCGAGGAGGAGCUCUGCCGCCUCAAGCACCUGGCCAAGCACCCCUGCCACAUCAAGAAGUUCGACCGGUACAAGUUCGAGAUCACGGUGGGCAUGCCGUUCAGCAGCAGCACCAACAGCACCCGCAGCCACGAGGAGGACGACAUCACCAAGGACAUCGUGCUGCGGGCCAGCAGCGAGUUCAAGAGCGUGCUGCUCAACCUGCGCCAGGGCAGCCUCAUCGAGUUCAGCACCAUCCUUGAGGGCCGCCUGGGCAGCAAGUGGCCUGUCUUCGAGCUCAAGGCCAUCAGCUGCCUCAACUGCAUGGCCCAGCUCUCGCCCGCCAGGCGGCACGUGAAGAUCGAGCACGACUGGCGCAGCACCGUGCACGGUGCCCUGAAGUUUGCCUUCGAUUUCUUCUUCUUCCCGUUCCUGUCAGCCGCAUGAGCAGCCGCCGCAGAGGCACCAGUGCAUGUUGCUGUGAGGCCUCCCGAGCACUGCCCAGCCAGAUGGCGCAGCCCCGUGCCGCGUGUGCGUGUGCUCCCGUGUGCCGAGGACCUUUGGUGUGUGCUCAGGGCUUCGAGGACCUUUGGCUCGUGUGUAGACUGCCCAGGGGUGAGGGUGGCUGCUCCCUAGCUCUGUCCACCUUGGAGGCCGAGCACUGCUGGAAUCGCAUGCUGUCUUUGCCCACAGUCCUGGCCUUUCCCAGUGAAGCUGGGGUGCCAGGCUAGACCAGAAAGGCCCCGUGUCUCACAAAGCACUUUACAGGUGGUAUUCUCCCCCUCCCCCACGUCGGUAUACCCUGUUGGCCCUGGCUUACUUUUGUGUUGGGUUUGUUUUUUAAAGAACCAUUGCGCGUUUGUGUACUCCAUGAUAGCAUUUCUUAUUUAUUUGGUUAUUGCUAAGCCCUGAUGGCUGUUCGCCUCUCUGGGGCUGCACCGCUGCCUGCAUCCCAGCAUGUGAUCAAGGCCUGGCUGAGUCCUGCGCUCUGAGCUGGGUGAGGCAGCCAUGGGCAGGGCGUGCCACACUGAGCUCUGGGCACCACACCCUGCCUCGUGGCUUUACUGUCCAGCAGGUCGUGGAUACGUUUGUGCCGGAUUGCCUGAAUCUACCAGGACUUGGAAAUAAGGAGCACCCUGGGCAUCCCCACUGCUCAGGAAGGUUGGCCGCGUUCAGUACUGUAGAGCGGCUCAGAGUCCUCCCACAGCCGAAAUAAAGAGCUUUGGUGAA